AUGAUGUUGCCAAGAUCCAUGAAAUGUAUAAAUGGAAGGAGAAUUUUUCAUACGACCACAGUAAGAGCCUUCCAGUCUACCGCUAAGAAGAGCUUAACCAUCCCAUUUUUACCCAUAUUACCCCAGAAACCAGGUGGUGUUAAAGGCACUCCCAAUGAUGCCUACAUCCCCCCCCCUGAGAAUAAAUUAGAGGGCUCAUACCACUGGUACAUGGAAAAAAUCUUUGCACUGUCCGUCGUUCCAUUAGCUACGACAGCAAUGCUAACAACUGGUCCAUUGUCCACUGCAGCUGAUUCCUUCUUUUCCGUCAUGGUUUUAGGAUAUUGUUACAUGGAAUUUAACUCUUGUAUCACCGAUUAUAUUUCUGAGAGAGUCUACGGUGUUUGGCACAAAUACGCCAUGUAUAUGUUGGGCCUCGGCUCUGCCGUCUCCCUCUUUGGGAUCUAUAAACUGGAAACUGAGAACGAUGGUGUUGUUGGCCUAGUAAAAAGUCUAUGGCAUUCUCCCAGGAAAGAAAAAAAUGAAAAGAUUGAAGUCAAGAAGUAG